AAUCCAUUGAAGUGGUGGACCAAGGAGCGCCGAGGAAAGUACCCUAUCAUAGCAGCUUUAGCGCGGAAGUGGCUUGGGUGCAUCGCAACUUCAGUGCCGUCUGAACGAGCAUUUUCCCAAAGCGGAAAUGUGGUUACGUCAAAACGUUGCUCUCUGGAUCCUGAAAUCAUACGUGACAUCAUGUUUGUCGGAGAAAACUACGCGGAAGACGAUGAUAAUUUACCGAGUGAUGAGAGUGGCGGCAGUGAUAAGGAUUAA